UUGUUUUGUGUGUGUGCAGAUGGGAGGUGAGCAGAAUGACAGUGUUUCUGAUUUUCAUGUGCCAAUGAAGAAUGAGGAUAAUAAGGGUGACUUCAACCAGGAUGAAUCAACAGUGAUUCCGUUGGUUACAGAUCCGCUUGCGAAUAGUAAAAACAAUGAAUGUAAACCAAAUGAUCUUCACAAUAGUCCAUCAAUUUAUAGGCAAGAUGUUGUGAGACAUAAAAACACUGGUGUAAUUGGGAUUGUGAGUAAAGUUGCUGGUGAAUCAGACUCAGAUAGCAGUAUCACAGGUGAUAAAGAUGAUGACAAGGAUAAUGAUGAAGUCAAGGAAGGUGAUGUUGAUGGCCAUACCAACACUGAUAGGGGUGGUGAUAGUACUAGAGGUGGGGAUAAUGAUGACAAUGGUUCUCUUCUGACUGAUCAUGUUCGAGUGAUUUGGAUGGGUGGCACUGAGCCAAUCCAAGAUAUUCAUAAUAUAACUCUCAUCGAUAGGGCAUUCGUGCAUGGUGAUUAUGUUGCAUCUGCCUCAGACCCUAGUGGGCAAAUUGGUGUUGUGGUGGAUGUCAAUAUUUUUGCUGAUUUGUUAGCUCCAAAUGGAUCCAUUAUGAAGAAUGUAUCAACCAGAAACUUGAGGCGUGUGAGCGAUUAUGCUGUCGAUGAUUAUGUGAUCCGCGGCCCAUGGCUGGGUAGAGUUAAUGAUGUUUUGGAUAACGUGACUGUCUUAUUUGAUGAUGGUUCUCAGUGUAAAGUGACAAAGGCAGAGCCUACGUUCCUCACACCAGUUUCCAAGACUAACUUUGAAGAUGAUGGGCAUUUUCCUUAUUAUCCUGGUCAGCGGGUUCGGGGAAACUCUUCAUCUGUUUUUAAGAAUUCUAGGUGGCUAUCUGGCUCAUGGAAAGCUAAUCGAUUAGAAGGUACUGUUACUAAAGUUACUGCUGCAUCAGUGUUCAUUAACUGGAAAGCAUCUGCUGCGUAUGGGCCUGAUUCUUCUACAACCCCAGCUGAAGAGCAGAGUCCAAAGAACUUAAGGUUGUUGUCCUGUUUAACGCAUGCAAAUUGGCAAGUAGGUGAUCGGUGCCUUCUUCCACAAGCAUCCUCCUCUACCAUAGACAAGAAUUUUUCAAAGUUAGGUAUACAGGAUUCAGUUAAAAGUGAAUUAGAUUCUAGUCAACCAGAAAGUGGAUGUGAUUCAGAAGGAACUGCUGCAGAUGAAUUGGGUGAGAAGGAUGAAUUUAUGGAUCUUGAUCCAGUGGUUGCAGCUUAUGUGAGUUAUGAUAAUACUGAAAAUAGUAUAUCACCUGAAUCUUGCUCUUGCACUAGUCCAUUGUCAGUCCCAAAGGAACCUACCCAUGAAACUUGUCGUCAUCGUCGCAAAAAGAUACGUAGUGUAGUUAUAUGGAGAGACAAGAAGGCUCGAAAGAACGAGGAAAUCUUUGAAAAAGCCUUCUUACUUGUCAAUACUAGAACAGAAGUUGAUGUGGCAUGGCAGGACGGAGUGGUAGAGCCUCAGAGGGAUUCAACGACAUUGAUUCCAAUUGAUAGUCCAGGUGACCACGAAUUUGUUGCUGAGCAGUAUGUUGUUGAGAAGGCUUCUGAUGAUGCUGGUGAAGCUAGACGUGUUGGGGUUGUAAAAGUUGUUGAUGCAAAGGAAAAGACAGCUUGUGUGAGGUGGUUAAAGCCAGUUGCUAGGGCAGAAGACCCACGAGAGUUUGAUAAGGAGGAGAUAGUAAGUGUGUAUGAGCUAGAGGGGUAUCCUGAUUAUGAUUACCGUUACGGAGAUGUAGUUGUUAGACUGUCCCCAGUUACUGUUCCACGUCAAACAGUCUCUACUGUGGAAUCAGAGGAGCAAAAUACACCAAAUGAAGUCCAGCAGGAUGGUGAAGUGACCUUGGGAUGUAAGAAAACUGAGAACACAUCUGAGUCUUGUAUGGACUUCUCAGAUCUCACUUGGCUGGGUAUUAUAACUGGCCUUACAAAAGGAGAUAUUGAAGUUACAUGGGCUGAUGGCACGAUUUCAAUGGUGGGACCUCAGGCGAUUUGUGUUGUUGGUAGAGAUGAUGAUGAUGAUGAUGAUGAUGAGUCAGUUGCAGCUUGGAUUGAAGUAAGCGAUGAUGCUCUAGGUUGGGAAACUGUUAAUGAUGAUGAGAUAAAUGCUCUUGAAAAUAUUGGAGAGGAAUUUGGUAUAGGGAAUCCCUCUGACAUGAAUCCUGAGGUAGACGAGAGCAUUGAGAAUAAUUCAGGAAGGAGUGUGCCAUUUUCUCUUCCUGUCACUUCUGCAAUUGGAUUCGUCACUAAAGUAACCAGAAUGGCCUUUCGCAUCUUUUCACGGGGUCAGAGAAAUGUAGAUGAUGAACUGAUCAAUAUUUCCUCAUUUGAUGAGUUGAGCUCUCAGGACUCUUUUAAACGCUUUGACAUAGCUAAAGAUCUUUUGGAUCAUCAUUUUAUUGGGUCAAAUGGACAGGUUAGUAACAGCAGGAAUUGGGUGAAGAUGGUUCAAAAAGAUUGGAGAAUCCUUCAGAACAACUUGCCUGAUGGAAUCUAUGUACGAGUUUAUGAAGAUCGAAUGGAUCUCAUAAGGGCAGUAAUAGUUGGGGCAUGUGGGACACCUUACCAAGAUGGGCUUUUCUUCUUUGAUUUCCAACUCCCAUCUGAGUAUCCCGAUGUUCCCCCGUCAGCAUACUAUCAGUCUGGUGGUUUGCGGAUAAAUCCAAAUCUAUAUGAGGAAGGCAAGGUCUGCCUUAGCCUCUUGAAUACCUGGACUGGCAAAGGAAAUGAAGUCUGGGAUCCAACUUCUUCUAGCAUCCUUCAAGUCUUAGUUUCACUUCAGGGAUUGGUACUGAAUGCAAGGCCAUAUUUCAAUGAAGCUGGAUAUGAUAGGCAAAUUGGGACAGCUGAAGGAGAAAAAAAUUCAUUGUCGUACAAUGAGAAUACUUUCCUGCUAAACUGCAAGACAAUGAUGUAUUUGAUGCGGAAGACCCCUAAGGACUUCGAAGAGCUUGUCAAAGAUCAUUUCGGGAGACGUGGGUACUUCAUACUUAAGGCCUGUGAUGCAUAUAUGAAAGGCCACCUAAUUGGCUCGCUGGCUAAAGAUGCAUCCAUUUGCAAUGAGGACCAUGCAAAUUCAACUUCGGCUGGUUUUAAGCUAGGAUUGAAAAGGAUUGUACCGAAGCUUUACUUGGCACUGACUGAAGCCGGAGCUGAGUGUAAUGACUUUGCUCAUUUGCAACAAUCAUAAUGGCCGUCAAAGCCGGAGCGGGAUCAGGAACUGUCACUGCAACUUUACUAUCGGGCCACAGGUUCGCUUGUUUAUUGGAUCAUAUAAAAAUUAAAUAAUAAAAAAAAACUUCAUUAGCUGAUGCAGCAAGUUGUGAAUGAUUGAAUCAUCAUUCCUUCUUAACAUGUAUAUAUCACAUCUGUAACGGAUCGACCCUGAGUCUUCAAGUUCAUGUUUAUCAAAAAGAACUUAUUAGUAAUUAAGUCAUUA